ACGGGCAAACCAUUGGCCGGGAAGAAGAACACGAGGGAAAGGGAAAUAGCAUUGUCUUUCAAGAGUGUAGAUCAUCGCAAAGCCAGGCGACGACAUGGGCCGUUGGUUGAAGCCAGAUGUUUACCCGCUGAUCGGCGCCAUGUCGCUGGUGACGGGGAUGUGCGUCUUCCAGCUCACCAGGAACGUCUUCCUCAACCCGGACGUCAGGGUCAGCAAGAGCAACCGGCAGAGCGCGGUGCUGGAGAACGCGGAGGAGGGCGAGAGGUACAGCCAGCACGCCUUCCGCCGCUUCGUCAGCGCUCAUCGCCCAGAGGUCUUCCCGGCCAUCAACCGCUUCUUCUCAGGGUUCAGCGCCAAGUGAUGGAACGCCAAACUCCAUUUAUGCAUGAACGUGUGUGUCAGUGUGUCGGUGUGUUUUCUUCAAGAUGGAUGUUGAUCCUCUCGGCCUAUUGCAUAUUUGUAUGGUUUUUUUUAGGAGCAAUGGAGCUCCCGGCCUCUGCAUCAAUCGAUGCAUUCAACCAUAUUAUUUAAAAGAGUUCAAAGUAACAUCUUAGGUUCAGAAAGUUCUGUAGCUCGAAAUGAAAAUGAAAAUAAACAUGAUAUUAAGAAAAA